GUUCAAGAAAACCACCAACGAUCUAAACUAAAUUCAAGAGCCAGCAAACAUGAUUGCUAAAAUUCCAUUGAUUAUUAUUUGCAUUGUCCUGUUGACAUGUGUCCCGUCUAAAGUCAAUGCUGAAUACAAUGUGGCCAAGUAUUGCCAGCUGGUACCGGUUGGCACCAAAUUACCCAGUUUUAAAUCCUGUCAAACCUUCUACACCUGCCAGACCAAUAACAAAGUGAAUGAAACAAUUUGUGCUGGUGCCGAUGUUUUCGACAAAGAUUUACAAUAUUGUGUUACCAAGUCCCAAGGCAAUUGUUAUUUUCACCUAGGCAAUCCAUGUGAAAAUGAAGACGCCACCUGGGUACCAGAUGGUAAAAAAUGUGGCAUUUGGCAUUAUUGUUCGAAGGGUCAGGUAUUGGGCAGCGGUAGUUGUGGACCGGGGCAAUAUUUUGAUGGUGUUACCAAACAGUGUACUAAUGGUAAAUGUGACAACAUUGUGGCCACCACCACCUCUGAAAUAACAAAUUUAUGCCAAAUUAUGCAAAACGAUAAAUUCUUUGGUGAUUUUAGCAGCUGCAAUGUUUGGAAUAAAUGUAUAAAUUCCAAGUUAUCAACUGGCAAAUGUCAAGGCGAAUUGCUUUACGACAGUCAGCAACGCAUGUGUCUCAAAAAUGAUGGUAAAAUGUGUGAACGAACCGGUGGUAUUGUUCCCCUGGUGACCCAGCAACUGGAAGGAAAAAACUGUGCGGAGAAUAAGAAAAAAGUAGGCGACAAGAAAGUUUGCUCCAUUUUCUAUGAAUGCAAAGAAUCGAAAUGGUUAAAGUUUGUCUGCGUAGCUAAUCAGUAUUUUGAUGUUAAGGAUAAGACAUGUAAAAAUCGGCAAAUCGCUAAACCGGUAAAGGGCUGUAAUCGUUGCCAAUUCACAACUGCUACUUGGGUAAAUGCCGUCGAUGGCAAAUGUACAACCUACAACAAUUGUAAGAACGGCCAAACCGUUGGAAGUGGCACAUGUAAAGACAAUAAUUACUUUAACGAAGUGGAACAGUAUUGUAUAACGGGUACUAUGAAUUUAGUCAAGUAUAUGGAAAUUAAUGGAGCCUGUUAUGAUGCCACUUGCAACAAUGCAGAAUGUAAGCUUCAGACAUGCCUGGCUGCAUCCGUACAUUCCGAAUAUGAAUGCCAACUAGAGUCUUGCAAAGUUAAACAUUCCAAAGAUGAGUGUACGACUCAACUUUGUGCAGAUCCUGCUUCCUAUCCAGAGGAAUGUGAAUUCGAGGCAUGUCUAAAGAAAAAUGAUACACCCUAUGAAUGUGAAUUGAAUGCGUGCAAAAAAAAAGGUUUCACCGAUGAUGCUUGUAAAAGUAAACUUUGUGAUGGUCACCAUUCAUACCCUGAGUGUAAUAGUUAAUCUUCUAUCAAAUUCUGUAUAACAUUUUUUAAAUAAUUG